AUUUUUCUAUGACUGGUCUUUCUGGCUUGUGCUGGGCUGAGCCGCCCCUAACAAUGGAUCUUUCUAAAAUUUAAAAUUUCCCCACAAAUGGAUGGCUCUCAACAUUCAAGUUCCAAGAAUGACUCUAGAGCUCCAAAUGAUUCAGAACGAAAUAUUCCUUGUCCAAGUCCAGCCAAAGGAGAUGACACUAAUUUAGUCAAGUACCAAUAUGAAGAUGAGGCGGAUGAUACAAAAGAAGCAUCUUUGACACCUCCAGCAGAUUCUGUUGAAGAAGAUGCACCUGAGGCUUUUGCUUUAAAGCCAUCAUCUUUAAGAAUGAAGCUAGUAGAGAUGAUCAUUCUGGAUGGAUAUCCUUUAUCAAUUGUUGAGCAUUUUGCCGACUCUGCCCCCUCUUCUGCAACCCUCUGUGCCCUUGCAGCAAAAACCCGAUCCUGCGCCCCCUUGCUUCUGCUCACCCUUGCUUGCUACGAACCAGCCCUGCACUUCUACCUCCCCUUGCACUCUACACCCCUUGCACUGCUACUGCACCCCCUACCUUCGGCACCGCCAAUCCUGCACCUCAACACUCCUACUUGCUACGGCCUUGUCCUUGCCUCACUUGCAGAAGAACAACGCAUACCAAACAAAUCGGCAUCCUCUUCGUCCUUUGCUUUUGCUGCAGAGAUCAAUGCUUGUAUUGAGAACGGUGACAAAAAGGAGGGAGUUCUGCUUGAGGGAAGUAGCGGUUUGGGAGGAGAUCGCCAAGCUUACUGACUGUUGUAGAACUGGUUUCUAGGUCUAUCUUUGUAGGUAAUCUUCGAAACACAGAGUCCUUUUAGGGAAAUGGUGAAGGGAAUGGUGGGAGCUUGAUCCCGUGGGUAGGAUUCCUCCCAUCAAACCCAGAUUUAUUCUUCCUUAAAGCAUUUGCCAUGUUUGUUUGUUUUCUUUUCUGUUGAUGUUUUUUCCUUUUAGAUAUGAUGUUAAACCCAUGUAUGUUGCUGAAAAAUUAAUAAAAUUGUCAAAAACAA